UGUAAUUCUAACAUACUUUCAUCCCAAAAGUUUCACCCCAAAAUUGGGAUGAAAGUGAAAGUAAGUCAGCAGUAAGUCAGCUGAACAGGUUGAGCAUAAUUAAUAUUCCAAUUAUAACCUUCUCUUCUUCUAUAUCAAACGGCACUUUCAACACUUUGAAAUCUCAUUAUGUCUCUGUAUCCCAUCAUCUUCUUCCUCUGACUGCAACCAUCUCAUUAGCUUCAUUCUCUUGUUUUACAGGUAUGUGUUAAUAUUGUAAUGAAAAUUAGUUAUAUUUAUCAAUCGGACAUUUUUAUCAUUUUUUCACACAGAUUAUAUGUUUGUGCUUGUAUAAGUUGGGUUUAUUUGUUCUUUGAGAUGAACUGAAUGAUGGAAAAAUGAUUUGGAUUUAUCAUUUCUUGUUUAUUUUAUCAUGUUUGUGUUUGUUUAAGUUGGGUUUAUUUGUUGGGUUUAUUUUCAUGAAGAUGGAUAGCUUUAUGAUUGAAAGAACAAGUGCAAUACGCCGUUUGGUACGAGAGCGACAAUUAGCCGCGGUUCAUUUGAUUUGUCUUGUUUUAUCAUUUAUCGCACACCGUAGGCUUCAACAAGUGAAUUCCAUUGCUUUGCCCAGUAAGGAAUUGAUUUUACAUAGGGAAAAUGUGCGAAAUGAAUUUCUAAAUGACCUGUCUAUUAGUGGAAAAUUCGCAUGAGUAAGGAAGCGUUUUGCAAGUUAUGUGAUAUUUUAGUACAAAGUGGUGGCCUUCGACCAACACAAAGGAUGUCAGUUGAAGAACAAGUGGCUAGGUUUCUACAUAUAGUGGGGAAUGAUACAAGAAAUCGUUUCAUUUCAUGGAUAUAUCGACGCGCUUCGUCCACCACAACUAGAAGUUUUCACAGAGUUUUGAGAGCAAUUAUUAGGCUAGAAGCAAACUACUUUGAGCAGCCUACUGGACAAAAAAUUCCAAAAGAAAUCGCACAAAAAAAAAGAUUUCACCCAUAUUUCAAGGAUUGUGUUGGAGCCAUCGACGAAACACAUGUUCGUGUAAAAGUUCCUAAUAAAGACGUUCCUAGGUAUCGUGGUAGGAAGGGAUAUCCUACUGUAAAUAUUUUAGGUGUAUGCACAUUUGACCUGAAAUUUACAUACAUCUUAACUGGCUGGGAGGGUACUGCAUCUGACUCGAGGGUAGUAAAAGAUGCACUUGUCAGAGAAGAUAAAUUACUUAUUCCCAAAGGUAGAUACUAUUUAGUAGACAAAGGUCUUCCUCAUAGAACUGGAUUGGUUGCACCUUAUAGAGGAGUUCGUUAUCAUCUAAAAGAAUAUUCUACUCAUCCACCUGAAAAUGCAAAAGAGUUGUUCAACCUUCGUCUUGCUUCAUUACGAAAUGCUAUCGAACGGGCUUUUGACGUGUUAAAAAGAAGGUUUCCAAUUAUUAGAAGUACAGCUGAACCAUUUUAUUCAUGUGAGACGCAAUCAUAUAUAUUUUUAGCAUGUUAUAUUUUACACAAUUAUUUAUUGUAUGAAGAUCGUGAUAAGAAAAUUGAAGAAGAAGUGAUAGAAGAGCUUUUAAAGGCAACGCCUGGUUUAGAAGCUCAAGCUCCAAGAGAAUUAAGUGAAGACAGUGCUAGAGCAGAAGGAAUGAGAAAUUCAAUUGCAAAUGCAAUGUGGAAUGAUUAUAUUUUACAACCAGAUGAUGAAAUUAAUAUGUCAAAUUAGAAGAUCCCUGGUUUAGUUUUCUUUUGGUCAAUGUAUUCUAAAAGGUGGAUUGCAGUAUUUUAGUUGUUUGUAGCUUGUGUUUAUUUAGUUUUGGCUUGUAUUAUGUGCACCAGACUAAGCUACUCUGUUUUACCUGGUUAUUCUUUGUGAUGUGUUCUAUUUUUCAUUAACAAGAUGUUUGUUCUUAAUUUGGUUUGCAUUAUAAGCUACUUAUUAUGUUAUAUCAUCACAGAAGCUAAUAUAAGAAAAAAGAUAAAUGAAGGAGAUAGUGUGAAGAGAGACCAAAUUAAUUGGACUCUUGCAAUGGAUGAAGCAUUUAUUUAAUCAAUGCUUACUCAACAGUAUGAAGGUAAUAGAGUUGACGGAACAUUCACACUAACUGCCUAUACUAACAUGGUGAAUGAUUUGAACGGAAAAAUAAAAAAUGUCACCUUGACUAAAUCUCAUCUAAAAAAUCGUCUAAGAACUCUAAAAGACCAUUUUUCUCAAUGUUAUGACUUGUUCCGGGGAGUUGGGUUGAGUGGAUUUGCUUGGGACCCAGUUACCAAAUUAUUCACAGCUGAUGAAGAUGUCUAGCAAGAUUUAAUAACUGCAAGGCCAGAUGCAGUGAAAUGGAAAACAAAAAAGGUAUUUUACUAUGACAAGUUGAGUGAACUGUUUGCAAAAGAUAGGGCAACAGGUGGUAAAGCUGAAACAGCAAAGGAAAAAUGCAAGAAAUGGGCUAGUGGAAGUGAACUUGGCGUAGAAACAAUUGAUGAAAUCGACGAAUUACUAAAUGCCAAUGAAGUGACACUGGAAAAUUUUAACACUGAAGAUGAUCUACAAGUGCUAUCUGGUACGGCCUUUCCACAAGAACAGCCUUCCAAUUCCUCAAAGUCAAAGUGCAUGAAAAGAAAGUAUGAAGGUGAAGAUGAAAUGGAAAAUUCAAAGGGAAAGAAGAAAAAGCUUGUAGUUGAAGAUGAAAUGGCAAAGAUUAUGAGUUCAAUGGAACAUGUUGCUGAUGCUCUUAAAGAAGGUAAUGUUAUACUCAAGGAAACUAAUCUCAUACUUGAACAAUCACGCCAACGUGUUUACUCAGAGGAAGAGAUAUUCAAGCAAUUAGAAGUUAUCGGCUUAGAUCCAGAGGCAAUAUAUUCUGCAUAUCUAUUUCUUGCAAAAAAUCAAAAUGAGGCACGAAUUCUAUUUGGUUGUCCACUUCCGAUGCGCAAGCGUUUGCUGGAAGAUCUAAUGAGGCAGUCUUCUUAAUUAAUGUUUGAUUUUCUUGUUGGACUUCUAGUUAACUUGUUUUUUUUUAAGCCCUGAGUUUAGUGGUGCAAGAUUUAUUAUGUAUUUUGUGUGACUUGGUUAUCAUUUUGGUGUGUUAGAUUUAAAAACCUUCUUGUUAACCUGCUGAUGUAAUAUCGAUCAUUAACGCCGAUGAGUAAAUUUUGUGAUGUGUGGUCAUUUCUAUAA